AUGCUCCAUCAAGUCGUCUCCGUUUUUCUUCUCCUCCUAGUGGGAGUUCACACGGCUCCAGUUAGUGAAGCCACCUUCUCCGACGCGUUCGUCCGAAAGUAUUUUCCAACAAUUGUCGCGUCGACAGAAGCCAAAAAUGCGUCAAUGUGUCUGGACAAAGUGUUUUCGAAUUACGAGUUGAAGAAACAUAUAAACGUGAAAUGCGACGAGACGGACGGUCUGGACACGUGUUCUGGUCUCACUUUCGUUUCGCAUGAUGAUAAGGCGAUUGUCAUUGCAUUCAGAGGCACCUAUGGAAAACUCCAAUUGUUGGUGGAAUCUGAGGAGAUAAUUUAUAGGAAUAAGACCGCCUGGUACGGUGGCGGAAACGUCGGUUACUACUUUGCCCAUGCAUUCAAUUUGAUUUGGAAUGAUGGAAUGAAGACGGAUGUGAACACGUUGACACAUAAAUACCCGACUUAUGAGAUUUGGGUCGUCGGCCACUCCCUCGGUGGCUCCAUGGCUGCUCUCGCCUCCAAUUUCCUCAUCUCCAAUGGUAUCGCCACUUCAUCCAACCUCAAGAUGAUAUCUUUCGGCGAGCCACGUACCGGAGACAAAGAAUUCGCCGAUGCACACGACUCACUGGUACAGUACUCCUACCGUGUCAUCCAUAAGAAAGAUAUUGUCCCACAUAUCCCAUUGAAUGGAAUGGAAGAAUUCCAUCAUCAUCGAACUGAGAUUUGGUAUAAUAAUGAUAUGUCAACUGCCGACUACAAAGAGUGCAAAGAGCAGGAGAGCCCGUUUUGUUCGGAUUCUCAUUUGGACUUUAUGAUUGGGGACCAUCAUAGAUACUAUGGAAUGUACAUGUCAUAUUAUGGAAGGAGAAAUUGUACCGGGGAUCCUGCUAAUUAA